AAUUGAUCAUUCGUUGGCAUUGAAAUAUCUAUCUAAAAGCGCCCAAAUUUGAGGCGUUUUUUAGCGCUUUCAUCCAUUUGCGUUCAUCUUCUUCACGCUGCCGAUGAUGAUUGAUUGAUUUUCCAAUACCCACAAGAAAAAUCCAUUUUCGUCUUUAUCUCUAAAUCCCCCAUUUCAAAUCCCUUAUCCAACUUCAUCUCAAUUAUUUCUUAUUUCAAUCCAAUCCCCAUUGUUUCUACUACCCUUUGAAUCAUCAACCAUCUCGACGGCCUUUUAAUGGGGUUUGAUCGAGAAGCCAGUUCUUCAACCAAUCGCCUCCGAUCUCCGGUGGCCAGAGAAGAUACGCCCCUAAUCGGCGGCUCCAAGCCUCUGUCUUCCGUUUCCAAAACAUUCGCCAAUGUUUUCAUCGCGAUUGUUGGUGCUGGCGUUCUUGGGCUUCCUUACGCAUUCAAACGCACUGGAUGGAUCAUGGGUCUUCUCAUGCUGUUUUCCGUCGCGUUUUUGACCUAUUACUGCAUGAUGCUCCUCGUCUACACUCGUCGGAAGAUCGAAUCGGUAAUCGGAUUCUCUAAAAUUAACUCGUUUGGGGAUUUGGGUUAUACAAUUUGCGGUGAGCCAGGGAGGAUUCUUGUUGAUCUUCUGAUCAUCUUAUCUCAAACUGGGUUUUGUGUUGGUUAUUUGAUUUUCAUUGGUAAUACCAUGGCUGAUGUAUUUAAUUCCCCGACGGCUAUAGAUUUGAGCCCUAAGAUUUUAGGAUUAGCUCCCAAAGUUGUAUACGUUUGGAGCUGUUUCCCUUUCCAAUUGGGUUUGAACUCGAUUCAGACAUUAACCCAUUUAGCUCCAUUGAGUAUUUUUGCUGAUAUUGUUGAUCUUGGAGCUAUGGUGGUUGUUAUGGUGAAAGACGUAUUGAUUUGUUUCAAACAGAGCCCAUCCGUGGAGGCAUUUGGGGGGUUUUCCGUGUUCUUUUAUGGCAUGGGUGUGGCUGUUUAUGCAUUUGAAGGGAUUGGAAUGGUGUUGCCAUUAGAAUCUGAAACAAAGGACAAGGAGAAAUUUGGGAGAGUUUUGGGUUUAUCCAUGGCGUUCAUUUCUUCAUUAUAUGGAGCAUUUGGUGUUCUUGGAUACUUUGCUUUUGGGGAAGAAACUAAAGACAUGAUCACUAGUAACUUAGGCCCUGGAUUGAUUAGCACCAUUGUUAAACUGGGUCUUUGUAUAAACCUGUUCUUCACUCUCCCAUUGAUGAUGAAUCCUGUUUACGAGAUCGUUGAAAGGCGAUUCUGGGGAGGAAAUUACUGCCUCUGGCUGCGAUGGCUGCUGGUUUUUCUUGUCAGUUUGGUGGCACUUUUGGUUCCUAAUUUUGCUGAUUUCUUGUCUUUGGUCGGGAGUGCUGUGUGCUGUGCUUUGGCGUUUGUGUUGCCUGCUUUGUUCCAUUUCCUUGUUUUCAAGCAGGAAUUGGAUAUGAAGGGAUGGUGUUUGGACAUUUCCAUUGUUGUGUUGGGGCUUGUUCUUGGAGUUUCUGGGACCUGGUCGGCUCUGCUGGAGAUUUUCUCUGUUAAGGUAUGAAUCUUUCACACAUUUUUACCAUUUUGUUUCUUGGUGAACUGUGCAUAUUCGCUGAAGUGAUGAAGUUACUUAGAGCCAGAAAGAAUCAUUCUGUACUGUUCUUGAACUUUGGAAUGCCUUGUAAUUGUGUUUUGUUUUGGAAACUUUAAGGUUUUUGUUCUGUAAUCUGUGCUGUGAAACCAUGUUUUAAUGGUGUCGUGUAAGAUAUAUAAAGAUCCUACCAUAUGUAUUUGAUUAGUUUAAUGAAGAUCCUACCGAGUUUAGCGCGUUUA